AUGUCUGAUAAUUCAAUACCAUUAAAUAAUUAUCAAUACUUAUUAAAAACAGAAAACUUAGAACCAUUAAAAGACUAUGUAAUACAGUUAACAAAACAAAUACUGGAAAAUCAACAGAAAUUAAAUGAAUUAGUAUAUACAAUUGAUGAAAAAUUGAGAUAUCCAAUUUAUUUACCAUCAAAAGAACAAUCAAAGGAUACCGAUGAAGUAAGAUACAUCCUAACUCAGAAAUACGACCUACCUGAACCAAAAAAAGAUAGAAAGGAAACUUUGAAACUAGAUAUAGCGUAUCUAAAAAAUUUGCUAGUGGGAAAGAAGAAAAAGAACCAAGAAUUGUUACUGAUUGUUCAUGAUUACGAGGAGUUUAUAGCUAGUGUUAUUCCAAGUUUGAUUGAGAGUUUGAAAGACUUGGAUUCUUCGAAUGAUGAUGUAUUAAGUGAGAUACAUACUAAGAAAAAUGAAUUAGUUGAUGAUUUAUAUUCCAAAUAUGUCAAGAAUGUUGAAAAGAUUGAUUUAGUUGCAUCUGUUGUCAACAAGUUCUUGAAAUUGGUUGAUGAUAAUGAUGAUUCAAGGGUCAUCGAAGGUCAAUUGAUGAGUUUGAACAGAUUAAAAGAUAAAUUGCAAAAUGGUCCAAUAUGA